CAUUUAUUGGACGGUUAAAGAUGAAAAAAUCCAACGGUCCAAUUUUAACAAACAAGCGUCCCUGAAUCAGAGGUUAGGAUUAUUCAAACAAUCUGAUCGUGGUGGGCCCCACAAUGUAGUCGGUUUUACUGGAGUAAAUAUAUUCCACGUUUACAAUUUCUGAGUGGCCGCAUAUCAAGCGUCAUACGCAGCCUGAGUAUCGUAUAAACUCCUCAACCCUCUCCGCCGAUCUGUCAUUAUCGAAUUCCUGUUUCUCCCGCGUGUACGUUAUCCCUCACCACUCCCCGGCGUAAAUUAGCAAAGCCGCUCGCGGAAGAACCCCACUUCUCCCUGGAGAAAGGAGAAGAAGAAGGGAAGAUGGAAAUGGAUGUAGAGAUGGAGACGGAGGAAGCUGAAGAAGAAAGCAGCAGAAGCAGAAGCCCCUCUUUCUCUGCUAUAAAGCGCCUGGGCGUGAAAAACACCAUCCAAACCAACUUCGGAGACGAUUACGUCUUCCAAAUCGCUUCCAGCCAGGAGAUUUCAACUUUGGCAGUGUCAUUAUCAACAAACGCAAUUAAAUUUUAUUCCCCAGGAACGGGUCAAUAUUUUGGAGAGUGUAAGGGUCACUCUGGAACCAUCAAUGAGAUCUCCUUUUCAGUUCCAUCAUCUGCACAUGUCAUAAGCUCCUGCUCUUCUGAUGGGACUAUUAGAGUGUGGGAUACAAGGACUUUCAAACAGGUAUCUCUAUUAAGAGCUGCUCCCUCCCGAGAAAUAUUCAGUUUCUGCUUUGGUGGAUCAACUUGUAAUCUUCUUGCUGCUGGAUGUAACACUGAGAUACAUUUUUGGGAUUGGAGGAAUGGAAAGCAGGUGUCAUGCUUGGAGGAUUCCCAUGUGGAUGAUGUUACUCAGGUCCGUUUUGCUCCAGACAAUCAAAACAGGCUUAUUUCUGCUUCUGUUGAUGGAUUGAUGUGUAUCUUCAAUACAGAUGGUCAUAUCGAUGAUGGAGAUAAUUUGGAAUCAGUAAUGAACGUGGGGACGUCGAUUGCUAAAGUUGGAUUCUUUGGAGAGACAAAUAAAAAACUUUGGUGUUUGACACAUAUUGAAACUUUAAGUUUAUGGGACUGGAAAGAUGCAAGAAAAGAAUCCGACUUCCAAGAUGCUCGCUCGUUAGCUUCUGAUAGCUGGAACCUUGAUCAUGUCGAUUAUUUUGUUGAUUGCUACUAUUCAGGAGUGGACGAUCAGAUGUGGGUGAUUGGCGGCACAAAUGCAGGGACUUUGGGUUACUUCCCUGUAGAUUACAAGGGACCGGGAGCGAUCAGAUCUCCUGAAGCUAUUCUAGAGGGUGGACAUGGAGGGGUUGUGAGGACUGUAUUGCCUGUUUCAGGCACACACAUUGGCGCAACCAGAAAACAAGGCAUUUUUGGAUGGACGGGUGGCGAAGAUGGCCGCUUAUGUUGCUGGCUGUCAGAUGAAUCUUCUGAAGUGAACCGUUCGUGGAUUUCAAAUGCACUGGUUAUGAAAUCCGAGAAGAUUCACAAGAAAAACAGGCACCAUCCAUACUAAUGUUUGGCUUUGCAUUUUGGCGAAGUUGCAAUGCGCACUGCCUGAGAAGUCACUUCCAGGUUGGAAGUAAUCUGUACUAUUGUUGUGUUUUUUUUU